GGUACGAACUGUGGGUACGAAUUUCUGAGUAAUAGGGUUAAAUUUGGAUUCGAAAUAUUUUGAAGAAAACGAUUGUAUUUAAAGCUAUAAUUUAGUUAUUAAAUAAAGGAAUGAUUGCAGCAUAUAAAAAUGAAUAUACUACUAAUAUUGUGUUUUAUUUUUAUCGUCAUAUAUUCGUGUGUUUCGUGGUUGCUACCAGCUUUGCUAUCAUGGCUAUUCAAAAGGAAAUAUCACAUAAAACUGAAGAUUGGUAGAAUAGCUGUGCCAAAAUUGAUUUUACGAGAUGUAAGCCUGUCAAAAGAUGGGUAUUCCAUACAUAUUGAAGAAGUGUCAUUCAGAAGCAGUUUCUUCAACUCAGAAAUCAACAAAUUACUAUCAGUGGUGAUGAAAAAUUUAGAGUUGACCAACAAUGCUGAGGAAAAGAGAAGUGCUGUGGUUGAGACUAUUUUAAAGCCUCUAUUAUCUAAACAGAAUUCAAACUCCAAGUCAGAUGGGUUUGAUGAUGAAGCGAAUAACUUUAAUAGUUUGAAUAGAGAUUUGGCUGCUCUGGGAAAAAAGAAGUUACUGGAUUUCAGGAAUAAAAAGCUACCCCCAAGUCUCAUUAUGUUUGCACAGUUCAUGGGUGUCCACAUAUUCAAUGCCACAGUAGCAAUAAAGGAUACAACCAAUAACGCCUGGUCUGUGCACGCGUCGGCAUCAGAGUUACACGCGGACGGCGCGGCGGGCGGGCCGGCCAGAGCCCUGGUGUUCUCUGCCAAUUUGGUGGACGCUACAGCAAAGGUUGUGAGCGGGAAUAAGUGCCUUGCUGAGGCCUCGUGUGGAGUGCUCAUUGAAGGCACGGUGAAGGCAGAUGGUCCUUUGAAUGUUGAGAAAAUUCACACAGCGGUCAGCAGCCCCACAAUAUGUGUGCAGGAUGAACUGUACAGCUUCUUGCAAAAGACCAAGAAGAGGAAACGAAAAUCUCUGGGAUACUUUGAAGAAGAUCAUUACAAUACUAUUUUACCAAGACUCUCGCCUGCUAUACCAAAGAUAUUUAGUUUAAAGAUCGACACAACGAAAGUUACCUGCGUGGACAACUUUACGAAGACCAAAUUUGAGAUUACUGUCCAAAGUUUACAAGUAAACUCUCGAUUCAGUGCCGCCUCUGUAGUGGUUGGUCCCACGGGCGCCGAAGUGGUAGGCCUUCCGCAAGUCUACGUGGCCUUCCAGAUGGAUCAAGUGCAACUCAUCGCGAGUAACGAGACUCUCAUGUUCCUCAACAAACUCAAGUUGGAUGCCAAGCUGGAGAAAGGUGUCCUAAACCUGUACCUCAUAAUCAGCACAUUGAGCCUAACAUACAACCACAGCAACACAUUCCAGUGGUACACAGCUUUCCAGCGGAUGAAGAAGUCGCAACCCAUGCAAAUUAUUGAGCCUACUGAAACAACAUGGAACACAGACUCGUGGUGGGCCCGAAUAGCUUGCAGUUGCGCAGUGCAAGGCUGCGCAGAGUUGCGUGGCGUUGCGUUGCGCGCUGUGCGUUCCAACGCGCCCGAACAUGCCGCCAUUGCGCUGUCGGCUGGCUGCAGCGGGCUGAAGGUCAAACUGGACCAGCUACUGGACACGAGAGAGGAGCCAUACAAAUGGGUGGUCGCUCAACUAGUAGUGGGAUCUCGGCACUGGAGCGCGGAACUAUUAGUGGACGGCGGCUGGGCUCGAUUCGGCAAGAUUGGUACCAACAGCAGCAGCAGUGGCAGGGAACCGCCACCACGACGAUACCACUCGUGGGGAUCUGCCUUACUGGCUGUUGCGCUUGUCAAGUGGGGCACUCAUGGACCGAGGGACUCCAAGAUCGAAGCAAUGAUGGAUUGCCUUCGGGUCGAAUGGAGUACCGCGAUCGCUGAAACCGUGCUAUCGCUCGUAGAUUGUCUGAACGACUACAAAACUACCUCAACUGUACAACCUCAAGAAACAGUUCCUGAAUCGACAUGCAGUAUCGCGGUCAACGUGGCCUUGUCUCAUAUCAACAUGUUCUUUAUAAUUAACGAUACGAUGUGCAUCAUGAGUCGUGUCGACGCCGUGACGUUGGAGCAGACGGUGGUCAAAUCUGGCGCGGUGGUAUCAGGGUUAAAGAUGGUGGAAAUUGUGCCUUAUCAAGGGAACAUUCAUUGUCAAAGGUCAGAUGAGAUCCUUGCUGCGUUUUUUCAUGUAAAACUAGCAAGGAUCGAGCAUGUGCCUUCGAAAGAGAGAAACUCAGUUUUGCUAGAUUUCCAGUUCCUAGAAAAUGUGAUUUUCGAAUGGAGCGCUAACUUGCAUUUAAAAAUAGUCACUUUUGUAAGAGCUGUUAAGAGUUUUAGACAAGAAUUUAGAUUAAAGCGAGAGGGAAAUAAUGAUGUAGUCAGCAAACGUAAGAGCGGGAGAGCGAUAGAUUGGAGGGUGUCAUUCAAAAGUGAUACGAAUCUCAGUCUAAUUCUGUCAGAAGAUAAUAACAUGCUGUUUACUACUGAUGACAUGACGAUAGCUUACGACCAUGAGAUCGGUCUGUCAAUACUAUGGAGUCAGUUGAAGAUGGUGUUGAAUGGAGACGAGAUUAUCAACGUGGAAGGGUAUUCCAUGGAACGGGUGACGGAUGACCCGGAUAUCAGGGUCGAAAGGAAGGCCAAUGAAGGAUUUGUUCUCGCGUGGAACAAGGUUUGGGCCGUGAACAUAGGAUUAGUCCGUGUGAUAUUUCCAUACAAGCAUCGUUGGGCGGAAGCCGUCCAAGGCGAUUUUGUCUCGCUGUUCAAAUGGAUCAAAAUUAUACAUGGCAUCAAGAAGAAACCGUUUACUUCGGAUAGUCCACUACCUAGCGACUUACAUAUAAAGAUUGAUGAAAUAGUCAUCGAAAUGAGCGAUGAUCCGUUUGAAGUGAAACUCCGAGAUAACUACGAACUUCUGGAAGACGAGUAUAAGGAGAGUGAGAAACGGCGGAUUAUGCUGGAUGCUAAGGUCCAAGAGCUAUGCAAACCACACUUGUUCCUACCAGCGGGCAAAGUGGAAGAGUUGUACGCAGCCUUGCGACAAAAGGACGUGCAGAUCUACGUGCAGCGUUGCCGCGCCGCACCGCCGCCGCGCACGCGCCUCGUGGCUUGCUGUCUGUCUGCGCUGCGCAUCAUAUCGCUUGCCGAUCCUUCUAUACACGGCGCGCAUAAUGCCACUAAUCGGCUGCGCGAGAUUGACUUUGAUAGCCCUUGGCCAGAAGACGGUAUCGAGUUCACAACGCUAUGGUGCCGCUCAGUGAGCGUGAGUUGCGCGCUGUGGCAGCUGCGCUUGCGUGAUUUCCCGCAACCACUCCUCAGUAUGAGCGAGCUGCGUCUGUGGGGAACCCUGAUGGCUGCGGAGGAACAACCGCCUUCUAGAGCGGUCAGAACAGUGACGAUAGAGCAAGGUGAACCAUGGGGGAAGUUCGAGCUGGAACGCAGUAUGAUGCCUCUCAAAUGGUACUACGACCUGUGUUGCGAGAUGACGGAAUACAGCUACGCUUUCGGACCUUGUUGGGAGCCUGUUAUCGCGCACUGUAAUUUGGCCUUCGACCAAGUGUCACGUCCAUCAUUGGACCCGUCAGCCCCACUGGCGUGGUGGGACAAGGUUAGGCUGCUAUUCCACGGGCGGCUCACUGUGAACUGCUCCAAGUUCACAUGCCUGCUGCAUGUGUCUCUAGACCCUUACAACACGACUGAAGAAAUGGAAGUCACUUGGAGUGAUCUUGUUCUUGAUUGGACUAAUGGCAAGCUCGGUUUCCUGGGAGAGUUGAAGGUAUUCGUGCGCACUGCAAGCAAGUACGACGAUUGCCGCGUGCUGUGCGUACCGGUACUCCGGUUAGCCGUGAAGAUGGGCUGGCAGUGCGUGGGCGACCCGCGCGACCACCACGCCGUCGCGCCCUGCGCUCCCACCCGCCUGCCAGAAUAUUCUAGCAACCAGGAGCACGACUCGUACAGGGCGUUUCGCUCGCAAGGUGUCGAUCUGCACCUGAGCAUGGACACCAAACCUAUAGACGGGGAUGGACCCAUUCUCCUCUUAUAUGGAAGCACACUAAGGUGGUUUGAAAGCCUCAAGCUAAUCUUAUCAGGCACGACGCGACCAACACGCCGCGGUCGCGUGUUCAAGAACAUGCGUCCUCGGAAACCGCAACUCUCACGACACUAUCGGAAUGUUGCCGUCUCCCUUACUCUCCACAACUUGCAGGUAUUCUACUGGCAGUCAUCGUCAAUGCAACGCGGUAUAGAAAUGCUUGGCGUGCGAGUGACAUGCGGUUCUCGACACCGUCUGUCGCUCGUGCAGGGCUCAGACUCGUUGAUACGCCGCGCGCGGGCAGUGUGGGCCACGCUUUACAUGAACUGCGACCUCAACGACGCGGAGAUCUGGCUCAAGACGCCUGCGCAGAGGGACUCCUAUGAAGACAAGUAUAGUGAUGAGAACUCCUCAAUGCUAAAUCCACCAGCAAUGGAAAAGUGUUACUGUCUGUCGGUGCGGCGCGUGUCAUACGGGCGCGAGGCCAGCGGCGGCUCCACUCCUGCGCCCACGCAUCGCCUGGCCGUGCACGACUUGCGUGGAGCGUGGACCAAGCUCAACAGAGACCUGGCUUUUGCGCUUAUUGACACCUACAUCAAAACACAGCAACUCAAGAAGAAUUUGUCCACAAAAGCCUUGAAGGAAGAAGAAAAACCGACCACUUCCCCGAAGCAUCAGCGAGAAUCUGAUGUUGUUUCACCACCUCCAGCACAAUCACAGGGCUGCAGCAGCGCAAACAGUAGUGGGGGCGGGGCCCACAUGCUAGCGGCUUUAGUAGCGGAAGCGGGUGAGGCAGGCGGGGACGCGCCCGUAGUGUUCAGCGACGAGUUAGCGGGCGCGGAAGCGGACGCACCGCCCGCUCACCCUUCGCAUUCGCAUCUGCGUCAUGUACUGGACGAUGAUAACUCUCACACUGCCUGUUUGAUUGAGCUGGUGAACUCGCAAGUGGUGCUCAAGGGUUGUGAAACGCGUGGCUACGUGAUUCUGUGCGCGGCGCGCGCGGAGGUGCGGCAGAGAGUGCGGCGCGCGCCCGCCGCCGCCGCGUGGAGCGGCGCGCUGUCCGCCAUGCAGUACUACGCCACCGUCAGCGCCGCGGACCGAGACCAGCUUGACGAGAACAUCCAAUGGGUGUCCGUGGAAGAGAUCGAAGAGCGAUGGCAGGGAGCGGAGAUCAGCACGCUACCGGAUGUGCCACGGCUGGUUGGCAGUGGGCAUUCCGCUGGUGGAGUUAUAGGCCGCACUGUCGGCCCAUCUGCUGAUGCGGGGUUGGCUCAACUGCAACGUAUAGUAUCACGAUGCGCGUGCGAGUUUUACUACGUGUCGCACGAAGAAAAUGAAACUAGUGGCGGCGGCGCGGGCGGCUGGAACGCGGCGCCCGAGCCUUACGACUCCUUCACCCUCAUGCAUCACGACCUGGAUGUGUGCACAAACUCUCUACAGUACGCAAUGCUGUUGGACGUCGUCAACAACGUAGUAUUGCACGUAGAGCCGGAGCGGCGACGGACGCUGGAGCGGCGCGCGCGCAUGCGCUUCCAAUUGCAGCUGCAUCGCGACACUGACCCGAGGCAUCUCAUUCACAAGCUGCAAACACAAGUUAGAGAAUCUCUAGCGCGGCUUCGGCGUUUGGAAAAGGAAUACUACCUCAAGAAUCGAUCGAUCAACGGUAACGAUCCACUGGCACUGGCGGAACUUAAGGCUCUUGAUGACCAGGUGAAUGAAUGUAAGGAAGCGGCGUGGUCGCUAGGCGAGGAGCUAGACGCGAUGGUGCGAGCGUGGCGCGAAGUGAGAUGCGUGGCCGCGCCCCCCGCGCCCCGCGCUCACCACGCCGCCCCGCACCGGUACAAUGAGAUCUGCUUCAAGUCUGCUCGAUGGAGGCUUACUGACGCGGACGGACAACUGGGCAUCGCUGAUCUGUUGCUCACUAACUUCUUGUACACUAAAACCUCUCGUUCAGACGAUUCAGUGGAGCAUCAACUUGAAGUGGGGUAUGUGCGAGUCACCAACUUGCUCCCUAACGAACCCUUCCCAGAAGUGCUAGCACCACAAGCGGCGUCAGGUCGAGCACCAGUGGCGCGGCGCGCGGCGUUGCGCGUAUUUUGCCGGGAUCGACCGCCAGUCGGUGGUAUAUCCGUCAAAGAACACUUCGAAGUCAACAUAGUGCCUAUUAGGAUAGGUUUAACAAAGAAGUUCUUCAACACAAUGCUCAAGUUCUGCUUCCCCGAGCGCGACCCUGAUGCCAUGGAGGAAGGAGACGAGGAGGGCGAGGGCUCCACUUCCACUCUGCGCUCCACUUCUAGCGGCUCCAAGAAGAUGAAGAAGAAGGGCAAAGACUCCAACUCCAACUUCUACGUCAAGCGGGACAAGAAGGAUAAAGAUGACGUCGAGAAAAUGAAGGAGCGAGCAGAAAAGAACAAGCUGUUCAUAUACAUCAAAAUCCCAGAAGUGCCCGUGCGAGUGUCGUACAAAGGCAGUAAAGAGAAGAACUUGGAGGAUGUGCGGGACUUGCCGCUGGUGUUGCCAACAUUGGAGUACCACAAUGUGACCUGGACGUGGCUGGAUCUACUGCUGGCUACCAAGAGUGAUACGAGGAGGUAGGAUGGUCUCUUAGGUGUAAUAUAAGCAGGAGCGUGCAGAAAAGAACAAGCUGUUCAUAUACAUCAAAAUCCCAGAAGUGCCCGUGCGAGUGUCGUACAAAGGCAGUAAAGAGAAGAACUUGGAGGAUGUGCGGGACUUGCCGCUGGUGUUGCCAACAUUGGAGUACCACAAUGUGACCUGGACGUGGCUGGAUCUACUGCUGGCUACCAAGAGUGAUACGAGGAGGUAGGAUGGUCUCUUAGGUGUAAUAUAAGCAGGAGCGUGCAGAAAAGAACAAGCUGUUCAUAUACAUCAAAAUCCCAGAAGUGCCCGUGCGAGUGUCGUACAAAGGCAGUAAAGAGAAGAACUUGGAGGAUGUGCGGGACUUGCCGCUGGUGUUGCCAACAUUGGAGUACCACAAUGUGACCUGGACGUGGCUGGAUCUACUGCUGGCUACCAAGAGUGAUACGAGGAGGGUGAUAGUGUCACAAGCGAUCAGACAAAAACUCCAGCUGCAUCGCCGCGCCGCCGCCGCGCCCGAGCCUCUGGAAGAAGACAAGGCUCGAUUACUGCUCGGCGACCGAACUGUGGCAGAAAACAAACCGCAAAAGAAGAGCACCCCCAGCGUAUUUAAGUUUUCCAAAUCAUAGCGUAAGUUGAAAAAGCUUUGUGAACAAGCGAAACUGAACCAAAACAAGACUUAAUUGUAAUAUUUUCUAGUGUUAAACACAGAGUAAAGAAAAAUGACAGACAGAUCCAGUGUGUAUAAACGUGUUUAAAAAGCGUCCCUGAUUUAUUAUGUUCCUGCCAGGGUAUAAUCUCACAGAUUUACUUGUAUAGUUUAAAGCUCAAAAGGGAAUUUAGAACCCAGAAUCGUAAAACCACUUAAAAAUAAUGUAAAGUUUAACUAUGCAGUGCAGCUGUGUUUAAAAACUGUGAUCAUACAUGCUCAGUUUUAUCUGCACUGUCUAAGCAAGCGUUUAUUCAGUCUGGGACAAACUAGAGGUUAUUAAAUCCAGACCUGCGCACGCGCACGAACCGUGUCUAUCUGUCUUUUUCGUUAGUCUGUGGUAUCAAACUACCAUUGUUAGUUAUUAUUAGUAUAAGAAUACCAGUGAAAAUAUGAUUCUGUUAUUGAUAUUUAAAUUCAUCGAGAAUCUGUAACGUUCAUUCCAAAUUAAUUAAUUUAUAAUUAUUAUUUUAAGGCAAUUCACUAUAAGGGAAAAAAUAAUCACUAUGAGGCUGUUAAAUCUUAAACAAUUUCAAUAGUGUAGGAGUGUGAUGGCAUGUGAGUCUUUUACUCCAAUAAUUGUACUUGAGCGUUGAUAACGCGUUUUUUUAGAUGUUUUACUAAGAGUACUGGAACAAGCUGUAAAUAAAUAUUUCUUUUAUUUUAUUAUUAAUUUAUUGUUGAAAUGAAUUUUCGAGUUUAUUUUUCUAUUACUAAUGAAGGAAAUAAUGUCAGAUGGAAGCACAAUCGUUACAAAGCAUUUAAAAAAGUUUUUCAUAAUUUCUUAAGGCGGGUCGAGAUUUACACUACAUGUUACACAAAUUUGGACUCGCCUUUAUUCGUAGAGAAGGAGAUUUCACACAGAAUGCUACGUACAUGUUACAGUCAAAACCAAAAUGACAGCGCUACGCGAUUAGCCCAGGACCUACGUCUUAGUCCAAAGCCAAACUUCAGCGUCUGCCUAACGAGGUUUCAGGUCAAUUUAGAAGUGCGUUAAUUCCUAGUCCUGCGUUACAAAAAACGUUUAUUUAUACAAAAGUGUCAAUUAGUAUCAUAUCUCAGGGUAUCGUUCUGUGUGCAAGUCGUCCGUAAUAAAAAUAUGAUCAUUAAAUAUUAUUCUAAAAAAAUGUAUGGGUACAUAACAUAGUGUAUCAUAUUAAACUUAGGCAAAUACGAGUAUUUAAUCAAAAAGGCAGUAUUGUAAGCGUAUUUAUCAAGUAUUUUGUACACGGCUGGUUAUUAUUAUAUUAAUAAAAUAAAGUUUGUGAAUUGAAUGUUAA